AGUCAAGCAAUUAUCUGCUUGUUUCCACCAGGGACGACUCACACAUUUCAAUCCACUCCCUCCACUACUUAAACAACCACCAGCAAAACUAUUAACUGCUCCGAGGAUUCUCCAGAGUGUUUGAUGUGAAUCCUAAAUAAGGAUGUGAAAAUGCCUCCGGAACACUUGUUGUGUUCAGUCUUCGGGCCUGUCGUGUGUUAGAGUGUUUCCUCAUAUCCAAAGAAGGUGAAGGAACGUCUGGGUGAGGAUUAGUUUGUCAUGAUCCUUGAAGAACUAUCAAGCCCCCCCCCCCAGACCUGCAGAUAUAAAGCAUGAGGCCAUUUAUUCUGAUUGACUCUGGAGUCGAUCAGGAGCAGUGUGCAUCUCCAAGGUGACAAAUCUGACAGUGAGUUGCGUUUGAAACAGUAUUUCUACAGUGAGGACAGUAGAUUGGACGAGAAAGAACAUUGUUUCUCUGUGUUUUACGUGAGUGCUGACCAGCUCUGACUGCUGCAGAUGUCCACGAAGGCUGCACCCCCCCCUGGAUGCACCCUGAACAUCGACGAUCCUCACGUCCAGGAGGCUGCGAUCCGAAUCCAGGCUUCGUAUCGUGGACACCGGUCACGUAAAGAGCUGCGGGAGAAAGGUCCUCCAAAGAUCCUGCAGGAGCUCAAAGAUGUGGUUCUAGUCGAGGGCAGCGCCGCAAAGCUGGAGUGCAGAGUCAGCGCCUUCCCCGAUCCUUUCAUCGUCUGGUACAAGGACGGCAAAGAGCUGAAGGACGGUCCCAAGUAUCGCUACGUGUUUGAAGACCCCGAUUUCGUGGCGCUCGUGGUUCCAGAUGGGGUUCUGGCCGAUCUGGGAAAAUACACCGUUACCAUCAAGAAUCCUUUUGGACAGACGUCGGGAUCUGCUUGUAUUCUUGUGGAGGUCCCUGCUAAAGUUUCCAAAGGCCCAGACAACCUAAAGGCUAAGAGAGGAACAACAAUCGUGCUCAAGGCUGAAAUAAGGGGAGAACCACCACCAGACGUCGCGUGGCUUAAAGAUGGAGACGACAUUGAAGAAGACGACAGGGUUUUCUUUGACGUCGGAGACACAAACACAAUCCUGACCAUCAAAAAUGCUAAGGUGUCGGAUGCUGGCAGGUAUGAGGUGUUUGUGGAGAACAAACUAGGCACAGACCAGUCCUUUGCUCGUGUGGACGUCCUCCAAUGAGGUCUCAGAACUACACCACAAUUCCCCCGGUGCUGACAGUGCUACCCAGUGGACAACAUACUGUAUGAACAUCCUGUUUAAAGCUGUACAUAAAAUCAUGAGAACAAUUAAAGGUUUUUUGCUGAC